GUCCGUUGUGAGUUUGAAUGAGAAUUAAUUCCAUGGUAACGCUUUCAUAUUUAAAAAAAAAUCAAUAAUAAUGCGAAUAGGGUAAAAAUAUUUUUUAAUAAUGGUAACAUUAAAAUGACGGCCAUGGUAGUUCGGUCACGCGAAAAAAAUGUGAAUUUGUGAUUAAAUUUUUCAUUGUUUUAACUAAGCUAUUUAGUUUAAAAUCUAGAUCAUUUUGCCAAUGAACUGUUAAAGAUGUGCCCUAUAGGUUAUGUGAGCGUGAUCGAGUGAGUUUUGGAGGGAAAUCAAGAGUUAUUCCCCACGCACGUACUGUGUUGUUAAAAAAAGUGUGUUUUUUUGUAUCAAAUGUCCGUCAUAGAUAUCCACAAAAAUGGAUCAAAACAUGGCAGAAAUGGAUCCGCUCAGCACAUAUGAGUACCCCCCCUACGGUUACCAGCACAUGCAUUACCCCUACUCCUAUGAGAUAAAACUAGAGCAACCGCUGGCGCACUACGCUAAUCUAGCUGCUAACAUACAGAACCAAACACAACCAGUCAACGAUAUACCUCCUGUAGCUCAAGAUACAUUAAAAGAUACGAUUACAAAUAGCAAUACAAAUACCACUGUACAAGAAGCUACAAGCAGUCAUGUACAAGAAGAGAAACCCGUCUUCAAUCUAAAUAAAGUUAAAAAAGAAGGCGGUAAGAAAAGCAAUUACUGGUCGCAGAAAAUCACAGAUGAAAACUUUCCUUUCUACGCCUGCGCGCUGUGCAAUGUUAGCUAUAAGUUACUAAGAGACUUAGAUGCACAUCUAGUGGAUCAUAAAGAAAGACUUACUAGCUAUGAUUUGCGGAUGAAGAAUAAACAAAAGAAGAAACAGUUGAAAAAGGAGCAGAAAAAGCUGAAAAAGUUGAAAAAGGAGGUGAAACAAGAGGAAAUAGAAAUUAAACCAGAGGACGGUUAUAUCGGUAAUGAAAAGGCAGCUGAUUUUGUGGAGAAUUCUUUAAAUACGGUAGCUUCAGAUAAUGUUACCCAUAAUAAUGAUAAUGUAAACGCUAAUGUAAAUAAUGAAACUGUAAAUAAAGUUGAUAAUAAUGUAAAUAGUGGUAAAACUGGAGAAACGGAGAAGGAAGUUGAGUACAAUAAGGAUUUGGAGAAGAUUUACAAAUGUUCAGCGUGUAAUAAGCAAUUUUCGUUAAGUUACUACUUGAAGUUACAUGUCAGAUCUCACACAGACGAAAAACCAUACACCUGCGCCGAGUGCGGCCAGUCGUUUAUAACGGCGAGCAAACUAGGGCGCCACAACAAGCGAAUACACCUCGCCAUCAAGUACCAGUGUAGGAUAUGCUACAAAAUAUUUACCAGGUUCGAGUAUUUGACGCGCCAUUUUGAUAAAAAACACGCAGAAGACAAGCUGGAAGGGGAGCCUUAUGACUACAACGCCAUCCUGCCCUACCUGAAAGAACUUGAGGAACAGCUUAAAGAGAAAGCCGAGGCUGAAAGCAAACCGAAGACCGAAGAGCUGUGGAGCGACUGGCCUGAGAUGGACCAAGCACUGAUGCAGGACAGGAAUGAACUCCUGGAUGAUAAGAAGGACUUCGCUAUGAACCAUCUGGACAUAGUCAUGGACGAUGUUAAGGUAAGGUCGUUUAGUGACUCGAGGCAGGCAAUACCACUGGGUAUUAGUGUUUUUCUCAAAACAAGCUGCCGAACUGAAGAGCUGUGGAGCGACUGGCCCGAGAUGGACCAAGCACUGAUGCAGGACAGGAAUGAACUCCUGGAUGAUAAGAAGGACUUCGCUAUGAACCAUCUCGACGAUGUUAAGGUAAGGUCGUUUAGUGACUCGAGGCAGGCAAUACCACUAAGUAUUAGUUUUUUUCUCAAAACAAGCCGAACUGAAGAGCUGUGGAGCGACUGGCCCGAGAUGGACCAAGCACUGAUGCAGGACAGGAAUGAACUCCUGGAUGAUAAGAAGGACUUCGCUAUGAACCAUCUGGACAUAGUCAUGGACGAUGUUAAGGUGCCCGUUGAAACGAUAGAGACAGAGAUAGAGAUCAAGCUGGAGAAAGAGCAGGACAGCGAAAACGGUGUCGGCGACGAUACGCACGAGGACCUUCCUGACAACGACCAUCACGACGAUGUUAAGGACGAAAGUUUAUCGGACGAGGAUUACUUCCCGACCAACACGUGGGCGGAGCCGCCCUGUCCGGAGGCGGCGCCGCCCUCGCCGCCCGCGCGCGCCCGCCCCCGCCCCGCCGGCCCGCUCGCCUGCAAGGUCUGCGACAAGAAGAUCAGCACGCACUCCUACAUGAGGAUACACCUGAGGACACACACUGGGGAGAAACCAUACAAGUGCUACAUAUGCAGCAGGGGGUUCAUAACGUCGAGUAAGAUGCAUAGGCAUGUUUUAACGCAUUCGGAAUCCGUUGACAAAGACGGUGUGAAAAUUGAAGCGGACGUGAAGCAAGAGGGAGAUGAAGCGGUGAAAGAGGAAGAUGGCGACGUGGGCACGAAAAAUAAAGCCAAGACGAAAACGAAAAAGAAAAAAGGCGAGAAGAAGAAACGCGACUACCAGAAGCGCCCGCACGCCUGCGAGUUCUGCCAAAAGCGGUUCCUGCAUCUCGACAUGCUGCAAGUGCACAAGAGGAGCCACGAGGGGGAGAGCGCGACCUUGAAGUGCUACUACUGCCUGGAGGACGUCGCGGACGAGGGCGGCCUCAAGCAGCACGAGGCCACGCACGCGGGGCCCAAGCCCUUCCUGUGCACGCUGUGCGGCAAGGGGUACAAGCGGAGAGAAACUAUGGUGUAUCAUCGCAAAAACCACAAAAGCGAGAAGAAAUACAUCUGCGACAUCUGUUCGAAGACCUUCAACGCGCCGUGCAAACUGCAGAGACAUAUCGUCAGCCACCGGGCGGACAAAUUUGUACUUCGAUACGAGUGCCCUGUCUGUGCGCAUAUGUUUAACACCAAAUAUCAUGUGCAGAUGCAUCUGUCUACACAUCAGAAAGAGGGGCUGAUUUUAGAAGAGAACCGAAACGAUAUACUAGCCAUGGUGCUGCAGAACGCGCGCAAAAUACCUAAACAGGGAGACGCCCCAACCAACCUAGCCGACCUCAUCCCCGCCGACGAGCGGAGCCGCGUGUGCAACAUAUGCGGCGAAGUUUUCCAACAUUUCUACUACCUAGAGGAACAUCUCAAGAGCCACGGCUCCCGAAUAGCCAUAGAAGACGAAAACAAACAGGAAGAAAGAAAACACAUAUGCCAAGUAUGCAAUAAAAGCUUUAAACUACAUUAUUACUUAAAACUACACAGUUUCACACACACUAAGGAAAAACCAUACAUAUGCCAACAAUGCGGGAAAGGAUUUAUAACGAAAGGAAAAUUAAAAAGGCAUUUAGAAACGCAUUCGGGGCUUAAGAAAUACCAAUGUCAUAUCUGUUACAAGUUCUUUACCAGACCUAGCUAUCUUCGGAUACACGUAAGGACGAUACAUGGAAACCAGGACUAUAACUUCAGGGUAGGGUUCAGAGAAGGGAAGGAGUUUGGGUUGGCGGCGCCUCUGUUGCCAGUUAUGUCGCAAUAUAGUGAUUAGUUUUGUCUCCUGGGUUACUUUUUAUAAUUAUUUUUUAUUACUUUAAAUUACCAUAAGUAUACCCGUAUACAAAUGGUUAUAAUUCUAAAGCUAAUUCGGCGCAGACAGAAUUAGGGUUUUUGUCUCCUGGGUUACUUUUUUGAAAAUAAUUUUUAUUAUUUACCAUAAUUAUAACCGGUUUUAUUUCUAAAGCUAAUUCGGCGCAUACAGAAUUAGGGUUUUUGUCUCCUGGGUUACUUUUAAAACUAUUUUUAGGACUUGAUUACCUUACAUGCAUUUUUGUGGUUAUAAAUCUAAGCUAAUUUAGCAAAGGGUAAAUCAACUUUUUAGUGAUCGUUGCUAUGGUUACGAUUAGUUGUCCAGGGGAAGAACAACUGCUAAAAUCCUAAUUUUACGGUAUUUAAAUUUACCAUGCAUAUUUGUGUCCGCGGCCGGCAAUACGUCCCACUUUGUCGCUCGCCAUAAGGACGAGAUUUCCUUGUAUCUUUAUACAAAUAACCUGUCAAGGCGUCCUUAUGCGAUUCAGUGGGACGUUUUGCUGGCCGCAGUCACAUUUGUGGUUAAAAGCCUAACCAUAAUAGACGUGAUACAUUUCUUCUAACUGUCACAAUUGUCCCUUGGACAACCGGUCAGAAUUACAGGACAAACCAAAGUUGAUCUACCCAAAACAAUAAGAGGCACAGGAACCUCGCCGCCGCCAUACAUUCGGAGUUAUGGUCUCAUUUUAAAAUGACAUUCUGUAAUGACACGAAAUUUGAUAAGAACAUUCAAGUAACAUAAUUAUAUCUAUGCCUUGUUUUCGUUAUAGAGAUCGUAAUACAAAAAAAAUUGAGCGAGUACAAAUUUACAUAUAAAAGUUUACAUACCGUUAACUGCGGUAGACUAAAAAUGUGCCAUAGCCUUCAAUUUCUUAAAAAAAAUUACACAAAUUGUAUAUUUGAAAAUAUUAUUAAAUUUUGUAUGAUACACUUUUUGUAGGUAUCUUUUAAGAAAUUGUCGGGUAAAUCACAUUUUUAAUUUAGUCCGUAUUCACCCCGGCCGUCUCUAUUCACCCCAGUUGGUAUAUUAUUUCUACACGCUUUAUUUUCUUUGUUUAAUAUUUUUUGUUAACGUAAAUGUUCUUGUCAGGUUUCAUGUCAUUUAAGCAUGUCAUUUUGAAGGCCAAAAUACUUUUAAAUAUCUAAAACUUGUCCCUUUUCAAAUUAAAUUAAAUUUCUAACGUAAAAAUUUCAGCUAACUAAUGAGAAAUUACACUUAUUUUCAAAUUUAAUACAAUUAACUUAAAAUGUAAUUCUUUAUUUUGCCUUAAUUAAAUUGUUUUACUGUAGGUAACUCUGUUAUUGUUACCACUGCGUUACCAUUUUGCCUCAAAGCUUUAUUAGCAUAAUUUAUAAAAUAAAAUACAGUAAUAUUUAUUUAAAUGUCCAGACACGAAAAGUUCCUUGUUGUUUACCACUAACCAGUGCUCUUCCUGCAAUUUCUUUUUCUAAUAAAAUAUAAAGUUUUCGUAAAGUAACGCAGUUGUACCAUGUUUUUUUUUUUUUUAAUAUCGGCAUAAAUAAUAUAGUUAUCGUGAAAACUCCGCUGCAGCCAUGAUAGACUAUUAUAGUGAAAUUAAAACAUUUAUAAAUAUUCUGAAUUAAUAUAAAAAAGUAAUGAAAUGUUAUCUUUUACUUACUAAUUUGUCUCUUGAAACAAAAUUAGUACAUAAUUUAUAUUAGGCAUUAAUAAGUAUUUUGGCCCUUAAAAUGAACCUUGAUUGUAUGGAAGCGGUUUUUGGCGGCGGAUUCAUGUAAGUCAUAAGUAGUAUUUUGUUAGUGUUUGUACCAAGUACCAAUAACUGAGUCAUUUACCUCCAAUGGACGGGUAGCGGUGAAGGUAUUUUAUCAUUUACCUUAUUUUUAAGUAAAUUCUUGUUAACGAAAUGUCUAGGAUCUCGGUAGCUCAGUUGUUUUGAGCGCAUAUGCUGAAAAAAUAAUUCAAUUUCAUUAAAAUGUCAAUUGUAAAUUAAUAGUAAAUAUGGAUCAAAAAACUUAUUGAAUCUUGCCUAAGGUACUUUAUUUUUCAUACCUAGUACUAGUAAUAAAUGUAAAUAGUUUAAUUUUAGCUAUUAUUGUUAUUUACACUGUAUAAAAAAGGAAUAAAUAUAAUUUACAAAUUUAGAGAAUAAGGAAAUGACGCAAAUUGUGAAAAAAAAAUUCCUUGUUAAUUGAAAUAUAAUUUUUGUAUGAAAAUACCAACUCCAUCCUUUUUUUAUACAUUGUGUAAUAAUAAUAACUUAUGCAUAUAUAUAAAUAAAGUCUUUUACAGUACGUAUGGUGCUACUUCACCGCACGCGUGCAGGAAUGAGCACUUUCCAUAUGUACUGUAAAGCGUUGUACGAUACAUGUGCGAAUAGGUAAUUCGCAACUCGUGUCGAUUUAAAACACUCCCUUCGGUCGUGUUUUAAUUUAUCGCCACUCGUUUCGAAUUUCCUAUUUUUCGCACUUGUAUCGUAUUGUACUAAUUAGUCGUAAUUAUAAUGAGAGACAGAUAACUAGCUUAUUUCUUGUACGGUCACGUCUGAAAAUAUCGAUACGAAUAUAAGUACCAA